GGACCGUCAUUAUUGGCUUCUUGUUCGCCAUAUAUAGAGGCAUCACGGUGUUAGUCAUUUCCGGGUGUGGAGUCUGCCUCGUUCGGUAACGUUCUGACAAGUUUUCCAGCUCAACGUCACUAUUUCACCUGAUGGAGAAAUGCGUUGAAGAGUUGUUGUUCUUGCACGUCAUGGCGGAGCAGGAGCCCACGCCCGAGCAGCUGGCAGCUCUCGCCGCCACCGAGGAGUGCGAUGAUUCGCCCACCUACAAGGCCCCGGCCCAGAAGAGCCUGCAGGAGAUCAAGGAGCUGGACAAGGACGACGAGAGUCUGCGCAAGUACAAGGAGGCGCUGCUGGGGGGGGUGGAGCACCAAGCAGCAGACCCCAACGCCCCCAACAUCCAGGUGACGCGGAUGACUCUGCUGUGUGACGCUGCCCCCUCCUGUCUGGUCCUGGACCUGCAGGGUGACCUGGACGGCUUGAAGAACACCCCUUUGCUGCUGAAGGAGGGAGUGGAGUACAAGGUGAAGAUCAACUUCAAGGUCAACAGUGAGAUCGUCUCGGGCCUCAAGUACGUGCAGAACUCCUACAGAAAGGGCGUGAAAGUGGACAAGUCGGAGUACAUGGUGGGCAGUUACGGACCCCGACCCAACGAGUACGAGUACAUCACCACAUUGGAGGAAGCGCCCAAGGGCAUCUUGGCCAGGGGCACCUACAACAUCAAGUCUAGGUUCACGGACGACGACAAGAACAACCAUCUCUCCUGGGAUUGGUGCCUGGUUAUCAAGAAAGACUGGAGCGAUUGAGUCCUCUUCGUCCUCCUGUCUCCUCCCCCCUUCCCCUACCCCCAGUCCAGUUCCUCAGCGCCAGCUUCCUCGCGGCUCCCUCUUCUCCCCACUCUACCGUCGUCUGCCUUCUCCAGGACUCGUGCUGCUGUGCGAGUCGCCGCCUCGCACUCGUCGCUGCAAAUCCUUUGAGCUGAUUAUUUUCACCGGAGUCUGUCCAUUCAUCAGAAUCGGGGUCACCGGGGCUUUAAUUCAGUUAACACUCCGCGAGCAGAGAGUCCAAGCGACCUCCGACCUCUGCUGCAGCUGUUCCCAGUGUGAGCGCUGCUGUGGCCUUAUCCGCCUCCACCGGUGGGGCUCGAUGGGAGUUUCUAAAGCACUGAAUCAGACUGUGAACUCCAACCUGUGCCCCCCUCCUCCCGCGCAGGAGAGGCUUCCUUCAGUGUUGGUGUUCUGGUCGGGUUUGACUCCACGUGCUUCUGUGUUCACAAUAAAGUGUGGAUGGGG